AUGGCCCAAGCCAAUGACGCUUCGACUACAGCCAACGCUGAGCCGACCGUCACGGACCAGAACCUGAACGGAGAUGUCCCCGCCGGCGAGAACGGCGAGCAGGAGCAGGCCGAACAGCCCGUGGAGAACGUCUUCACCCUCAACGUCAAGCUGCCGCACGAGCCGUUCCAGACUCAAGUGAUUGCGUCGACGCAAGAACAAGUCCAGGACCUCCGCCAGUCCAUCAUCGAUUCGCCGCACACCUUCCAAUACUCCUGCUUCCACCUCGAGCACAACGGUGAGCGGAUCAAUGACUUCGUCGAGCUUUCCGAAGUCCCUGGUAUCGGCCCGGACGCCGAGAUCCAGCUGGUGGAGGACCCAUACACUGAGAAGGAGGCCAGAAUGCACUUCAUCAGAGUGCGGGAACUCAUUGGCGCUUCCGGAGAUAGGACCGACACUGCCCACGGCUCCCAGGCCGGCAUCUCUCUGCUCCACGAUGUGGCGGCUAAGAUUGCUGCUGAGGAAAAGGCGGAGGGCACCCCUCUGGACGGCUACGAUCUUGAAUCCGCUGCCGCGAUCAAGACCGUGCUGCCCCAGCCCCAGGAAGCGGCGCCGAAGACCGUCAAGGCCAUCUCGCUCUCGCCCUGGAACCCUCCGCCGUACCACCUCCGCGCGAAGGGCCACCUGCUCUACCUUCAGAUCACCACCAACGAGGGUGAGCAGUACCAGGUCACUUCCCACGUCUCUGGCUUCUUCGUGAACAAGUCGACCAACCAGAAGUUCGACCCGUUCCCCAGGGCAGCCCCGAAGGACAUCGCCGCGCACUCUCUGCUCAUGCUCAUCUCGAAGCUGUCCCCCGGCUUCGAGGCGGCGUUCCAGUCGCUCCUGGAGUACAACAAUGCCAAGGACCCUCUUGCCAUGUUCCAGCUGUCCAACGCCAUUCCGGCCAGCCCAUGGCUCGUUUCGCCGCCGAACUCUACUGCGAACAGCCACCAAGCUGACAUUACCCGCACCCAGGAGAACUACCUCAUCUCCGGCCUGGAGAGCGCAGACAACCUCAGAGAUUGGAACGAAGAGUUCCAGUCCACCAGGGAGCUGCCUCGGGAAACCGUCCAGGACCGUGUCUUCCGCGAGAGACUGACUUCCAAGCUUUUCGCGGAUUACAACGAGGCUGCCGUCCGUGGUGCUGUUCUUGUCGCCCGCGGCGAGGUCGCACCUCUGAACCCGACCGAGGCCAAGGAUGCCCAGAUCUUCGUCUGGAACAACAUCUUCUUCUCUUUCGGUGCUGAUGGUGUUGGUACAUUCGCCACUGACGGUGGUGACGAGGCCGCGCGCGUUGCUACUGGCAAGGACGUCAUGGGUGUAAAGGCUGUGAACCAGCUUGACAUUACUGGUCUUUUCACUCCUGGUACCGUUGUUGUUGACUACCUCGGCAAGCGUAUUGUCGGUCAGAGCAUUGUCCCUGGUAUCUUCAAGCAGAGAGAACCUGGUGAGCACCAGAUUGACUACGGUGGAGUUGAGGGCAAGGAUGUUGUCGCGGAGAACGAGGCUUUUGCGCCCUUGUUCGAGCAGCUGUCGAAGGCUCUGAGGGUCAAGAAGCACGCUGUCUGGGACAAGGAGAACAAGCGCCACGAUCUCGAGGGAAGUGUUGAGACCAAGGGUCUCCUCGGAACUGACGGCAGGAAGUACGCGCUCGACCUCUACAGGAUCACUCCUCUCGAUGUGACUUGGCUUGAGCAGUGCUGGGAGGACCCCUCCGAAGAUGGCAAGCCGAAGGACAAGGAGAGGGAUUACCCUCACAGGAUGGCUGUCCUCAGGUCCGAACUCGUCGAGUCCUACGGCCGCACGAAGCUCAGGGAAUACAUCAGGGCUGAGCUUGCUAGGCGUAACGAGGCGAAGGAGGCCGCUAAGAAGGAGGAAAAGACUGAGGAGAAGGCCGAGGGCGAGAAGGCUGAGGGUGAGGAGAAGGGUGAAGGAGAGAAGAAGGAGACUGAGAACGAACGCGUCGACAUCUCCGGCUUCCAAUUUGCCCUCAACCCCGACAUCUUCUGCGGUCAGGUUCCUCAGACUGAGGAGGAGAAGCAGGAGUACGCCAAGGACGAGGCUGAGGUUCGCGCGGCCUGUGAGCACCUUACCCAGGAGGUCAUCCCGCGCCUCAUCCACGACCUUAAGGAAGGUGAUGUUGGCUUCCCCAUGGAUGGUCAGUCCCUGAGCAGCCUGCUGCACAAGCGCGGUAUCAACUUGAGGUACCUCGGAAGGAUUGCGACUCUGGCGGAUAAGGAGGAGCCCAGGCUGAAGGCUCUGAGGCGCCUCGCGGUCCAGGAGAUGAUCGCUCGUGGCUUCAAGCACAUUGCCAACGACAAGCUCCGCUACCUUCCUUCUCCAUUCUCGGGUGCUUGCGUUGCUCACCUGCUCAACUGUCUGCUCGGAGCGGAGGUUAACGCAAACCCGGUCGCCGAGGUUGAGGCCUCUCUCAAGGCUCUCUACGCCGGUGCCGACUUUAGCUUCGAGACUCUGACGCCGGAGAGCCUCAAGGCCGCCGUCAUCGAGGAAGUCAGGAGGAGGUUCCGCUUUGAUCUGGGAGAAAACUGGAUCGAGGCCGGCAAGCAGCUCCAGGUGCUUCGUGAGGUGUCUCUGAAGCUUGGUCUGCAGCUCGAGGCCAAGGAAUACGCCUUCACCAAGGAGGACGCCGCAAAGAUUCCUGAGCCUGUGUCUUCCGAUAGCCUCAAGCCUGCCACCAACGGCCACACUUCUGGCAAGAAGGGCAAGAAGAACAAGAGCGCGGAUCGCUCUCCCGCUCGCACUGCUUCUCCCGCAACCCCGGCUCAGAAGGUGACCUUCCGUGCGGACGAUGUUCAGAACGUCGUCCCUGUCAUCAAGGAAGCCUCGCCCAAGAGCGUUCUUGCCGACGAAGCCCUCGAGGCGGGCCGCAUCUCGAUUGCCCAGGACCAGAAGGAGCUUGGUAACGAGCUUCUCCUCGAGUCCCUCUCCUUGCACGAGCAGAUCUAUGGUGUCCUCCACCCCGAGGUCGCUCGCGUCUACCACCAGCUUUCCACCCUCUUCUACGGUUUGGAGGAGAAGAAUGCUGCCGUUGAGCUGGCUCACAAGGCCGUCAUUGUCUCGGAGCGCACUCUUGGUGUCGACUCGUCUGAGACGGUCCUGGCUUACCUGAACCUCGGCCUGUUUGAGCACGCCAACGGUAACACCAAGGCGGCUCUUGGCUACAUCCGCCACGCUCUUGAUCUGUGGAAGGUCAUCUACGGCAACAAGCACCCCGACUCGAUCACUACCAUCAACAACGCGGCUGUCAUGCUCCAGACGAUGAAGGCGUACCACGAGUCUCGCCUGUGGUUUGAACAGUGCUUGGCCAUCAGCGAAGAGGUUUCGGGUAAGCAGUCGAUCAACACGGCUACCCUACUCUUCCAGCUGUCGCAGGCCCUGGCUCUCGACAGGGACAUGCACUCGGCGGUCAACAAGAUGCGCGAGUCGUACAACAUCUUUAACCAGGUCCUGGGCCCCAACGACCGCAACACCAAGGAGGCCGAGUCGUGGCUCGAGCAGCUUACGCAGAGCGCUGUUACGCAGGCUAAGCAGGUCCGUGACGUGCAGGCGGGCCGCCUCCGCCGCAUUCCGCUUACGCCUCGUACGAACCUGCGUCCUCAGCCGAGCGUUGGUCAGACGGCGUCGGAGGCCGCCGGUGCGCCGUCGAGCGCGGCUGCGGGUGUUGACAUGCACACGAAGAGCAUCGAGGAGCUGGUCCGCUACAUUGAGGGCGGCGAUGGCCCGAAGAAGAACACGCCGAAGAAGAAGCAGCAGAAAGGCCCUCGGAGACCGGGCCGUGCCGGCGGUAACUAA